AUGGAAGCUUCGUUCGGGCUGGAGGAGGAGCUGGUGGCGGCCGCGGCCCAGGCCGAGGAGCGGGACGUGCAGGGCUCCGGUUCCUCCGGUUCCUCCGGUUCCUCCGGUUCCUCCGGUUCCGUGAGCCUGGACGACAGCCUGACCAGCCUGCAGUGGCUGCAGGACUUCUCCAUCGUGGGGGGCAGCGUCCCCCAGAGUCUGCUCGGCCCCCGGCGGCUGGGCUCGGACGCGCCGGCCUCCCCGCUGGCCGCGGACCCCGCCUCCAUGGGGGCGCCGCUGACGCCCGGGAAGCCCACCGCGGCGGCCUACAGCCGGAUGCAGCCCCUGCCCGCCAUCGUGGCCCGCGGGCACUGUCCCGACGAGGUGGACUACAAGACGGACGCGCGCGUCAAGCCGCCGUACUCGUACGCGCACCUCAUCUGCAUGGCCAUGCACGCCAGUCCCGCCAGCAAGAUGACGUUGGCGGGAAUCUACAAGUGGAUCACUGACAACUUCUGCUACUUCCGCCACGCGGAGCCCACCUGGCAGAACUCCAUCAGACACAACCUGUCGCUCAACAAGUGCUUCAUCAAAGUCCCACGCGGGAAGGACGAGCCGGGGAAGGGGGGCUUCUGGAAGAUCGACCCGCAGUACGCCGAGCGCCUGCUGAGCGGCGCCUACAAGAAGCGGCGCAUGCCGCCGGUCCGCAUCAACCCGGCGCUGCAGAGCAGGCUGGGCCUCCACCUGCGGCCUCCGUCCGCCGGCCCCCCCUCGGGGGGUACCCCCGCCGUCCCGGCCGAGUCCCAGCGGCUCCUGCGGGAGUUCGAGGAGGCCACGGGCGCAGACCACAGCUGGGACCCUCAUCUGGCUGACGGGACCAUGCUGGGGUCCUGGCCCGCCGUCAGGGGCGGCUCCAAGAGGAAGUCGGCCCGCAGAAACGGCGCCGGCAAGCCACCCCGCCGCUCCAGCUCCCCCCUGCUUCCCGUGGAGGAGGAGAAGGAGAGCGGCGUCCUCAAAGGAGACUUCGACUGGGACGCCUUGCUGGACUCGGCUCUGAGCGGUCAGCUGGCUCUGGACCCCCUCAUGAAGGAGGAGGACCCGACCGCCCACGACGACGGCCAAAAGCGCAAACGGGUGCCGGACCCGGAAGAGGAGACCUUCCUCAGCGCCGCCUUCCUGGAGAGCGCCUGGCAGGAAGAGGCGGAGCCGGAGCGCACGGACUUCCUGUGUCACUCGGCCGUUAACCUGGAGCAGCUCUUUGACCUCGUGGACCCCCGCGGCGACCCCCUCCUAUGAGGUCGGA